GGAUGAACUUCCGACUAUCUACACAAGUACUCGCCGCUUCUAUCACACGGAGUCAUACCAUAUUACAGUUCGGCGGUUUACUGGCUGUACAUUUUGGCUUUGGCAAGUUUCUGUUCAACCCCGUUCGCACACAUCGAGGCGCAACAUGUCCAACAACCGUGACAAUCACCGCUGAAACGCAACCGAGACUACGCGUAAUAACACACAUACAAGCGCCACGAGCACGCCUGCAACCAUGAGGAAAACAUACGAGCCCGGAUCUCCAGUCUGUGAAUUCCGCGUUCCGAUCUACUUAUCGUCGCGCCCAUCGUGGAUAGAGACACAUCUUACAGAUGGGAACGCGCGGCAAAUAUGCCUCUCGUACUCCUUCU